UACUUUUCAAAGCUACAUUUCACAGCAUGGCUACAUCCUGGUCAUGUUGUUUACUAGCACUGCUUCUUUUUAUGUCUGUUAUUGUAUCAGAAAGUAGAGUGGCAAGGAAGGACUUGGGUCUGGAUCUUGGUGGGUUGGGGAUUGGAGUGGGAGCAGGGUUGGGCCUAGGCAUAGGAGGUGGCAGUGGCUCCGGAGCUGGAGCUGGAGCAGGGUCCGGUUCCGGUUCUGGUUCUAGUUCUAGUUCAGCGUCAAGUUCAGCUUCUUCAUCUUCCAGUUCUGGGUCUGGCUCUGAAGCGGGUUCUUAUGCAGGCUCGUAUGCAGGUUCCCGGGCUGGAUCAGGAUCAGGCAGAAGUCAAGGGAGGGGAGGUGGCGGUGGCCGUGGUGGUGGCGGUGGAGGAGGAGGAGGCGGUGGAGGUGGCGGCGGUUACGGUGGAGGUAGUGGUGGGGGCUAUGGCGAGGGCUAUGGACAUGGUGGGGGUUAUGGUGAAGGAGGUGGUGAUUAAGGAAAUGCUGGAAUAAAAUAUGGUUUACUCAAAUGAAAGAAAAUGAUCUUUUUAAGUGUUUUGUGUAAUAAAUAAUUAAGUAGUAGAUGGUCUCUGUACCCAAAUAAUAAACAUGUAAGGUGGUGGACCCCAUCCUGUGUGUUCUAUUGAAGAUGAAUCAGUUGGGUUUCAGUUUGAGCCAAUUUGCUAUUAGUAGUUCCUUGAUUCCAAGUCUGCCUGGCUAUUUCAUGAU